AUGGGCGGUUUGAGACUCGGUUCAGAUGUAGACAUGAAAUACGAGAGAGAUAUUACAAGUGAAAGUGAAGCAGAAAGAAUUCCCAAAGGCGGCGCAAAGAAGUCUAAUGAAGCCGCCUCUCGUAAACGAAAGAGUGUGGCAACAAUCAUCACGUCCGACGAGGAAGAAGAAGAGGAUUUGGCUCCGCCGCGCAAAAGAGUAGCUGUUACAGAAGGGAAAUCGAAUAAAACGAAACCGUCUGUGCCUCCAAAAAAGACUGCGGAGACGACGAAGCGCGGCACAGUCCUGGACAUUUCGUCGGAUGAGUCGUCAUCGGAGAAAGCAGGCUCUUCGAAAAAGCCACCACCCAAAAAAGUCAUUCCGGCAGCGUCAAAGAAGGAGUCAAAAAAGGAGUCAAAAAAGGAGUCAAAACCUAAAGUUGAGGAGAAAGCGGGCGAGACAAAAGCGAAUAAACCAAGUUUUGCGGCAGUCAUGGCAAAGCGUUCUGCCGGUCCUUCAGCUCCUGGACCCAAAGACAUACCUGUCGGUCAACCAAAUUGUCUCGCUGGUCUCACUUUUGUGUUCACCGGAGAGCUGACUAGCUUGUCCCGGGAGGAAGCAAUGGAUUUAGCUAAAAGAUAUGGAGGUAAAACGUCCUAUGUGGUAGUCGGAGAGGGCGCCGGGCCAUCCAAAAUAGCAACUAUAAAGAAGAAUGGUCUCAAAACUUUAGAUGAAGACGGUUUCCUUGACCUUAUUGCAACACGCCUUUCAAACGUUGUCCUGAGUAAAUUUGAUAGGCCCGAGUCUCGCCGAGUUGGGUUUAGAAAUGGCGGGAAAUUUGCAAUCAACACCCACAAAGCACUCCUUCUCUACGGUCCUCCUGGAGUGGGUAAAACAACCUCUGCCCAUCUCUGCGCUAAGUUGGAAGGGUAUACAACCAUCGAACUGAAUGCAAGCGAUGCACGUAGCAAAAAGCUGGUGGAGAGCGCAACGAACAUCAAUAAUGCUUCAUUGGACACCUGGAUGACAGGAAAAGAUACGGUUCUUAUCAUGGAUGAAGUAGACGGUAUGUCUGCGGGAGAUCGUGGUGGUGUAGUGGCCCUUAAAGCCUUGAUAAAGAAAACCAAGAAACUGAAACCCCUGAUUGGAACCGCUGCGAAUAUUCAGUUUCAAAACCCAUUCCCAAGUGACAGAGAUACUAGAGAGAAAAUGAACAUCCCUGCUAAUGUGCUAGAACAAUUGAUCACGGGAGCUCAAUCAGAUAUACGACAAAUUUUGAACAUGUUAUCUACUUGGAAGCUUUCAAAAGAAGAUAUGUCAUUUGAUGAGUCUAAACAACU